AUGCCGGAAAAAGAUGCAAAUGAAGAGGACCCUAUCGACCUGGACGACUUAUUACCGAAGAUUGGUGAAUUCGGCAUCUACCAAAAACUGCUUCUUUGGCUUGUGUGUUUGCCUGCGUGCUUACCAUGUGGUUUCUGUGCAUUUAAUCAACUGUUUAUGACGGACGUGCCUGAUUAUUGGUGUCUGGUGCCAGAAUUGCAAAAAUUAAAUUUAACCCAUGAAGAACGUAAACUUUUGUCAAUUCCACGGAAGGCAGAUGACAAUACAACUUUCGAGAAAUGCGCUCGUUAUUCUGUAAAUUGGACCGAGAUAACAUUUCCAGAUGGAUUAGUUAAAAUCAAUAGCAGUUGGCCUGUAGAACCUUGUUUAGAUGGGUAUGAAUACGACAAAUCCGAAGUAACAUCUUCAGUAGUAAUUGACUUUGAUUUGGUCUGCGACUUCGACGUUUAUCCGACACUUGGCCUGGUGGCUCUUAAUGUUGGGGGACCAAUAGGCGUGUAUACAUUUGGCAUAUUAAACGAUCGAAUAGGUCGCAAGAAAUCCUUUUUCGCUUGCCUAACUACGCUUCUUAUCGGUAGUUUAAUGACAGCAUACGCACAUGAAUACUGGUUUUGGGUCCUCGCUAGGGCAGUUGUUGGUUUGACAAUACCGGCUGUGUACCAAAUACCAUUUAUAAUAUCGUUGGAGCUAGCGGGACCCAAUUAUAGGUCAUUUGUCACCGUCAUGACGUGUAUAUUUUACACUUUAGGGUUGGUCUUGCUAUCUGGCGUGACGUACUUGUUACGUGAUUGGAGAUCACUGGCAUUAGCCACAUCAGUUCCAUUUUUCCUAUACUACUUAUACUGGUUCGUAUUGCCGGAGUCACCUAGAUGGUUAUUAAUGCGUAAAAGAUUUGAGGAAGCCAACACGAUUCUUAAAUCAAUAGCCAGAGUUAAUGGAAAAGAAUUACCAGUUGAGUAUACUAAUAAAAUUCAAAGACAGGUUCUGGAACAAGCUAUGAACGGGGUGAGGGAAAGUGAGAACGCAAGUAGCAACCAAUAUAUGAGCUUCUUCCUCUCAUCAGCCGUAGAAAUACCAAGUUACCUUGUUUGCUGGGUUCUAAUGGAUAGAGUUGGACGGCGAUGGCCAUUAUGUUUAUCAAUGGUAAUAAGUGGAAUUUUCUGUAUCGUCACGGUACUAUUGCCAAAUGAUGCUGAAACGGAAACUCUUAUCCUGUACUUGAUUUCAAAAUGCUUUAUUUCUGCAUCGUUUCUCAUAAUAUAUCCCUAUGCCGGAGAACUGUACCCAACAGAAUUAAGGGGUGUAGGUAUCGGCACGUCCGCAUAUAUUGGAGGAUUGGGUUUAAUCAUAAUACCUUUCGUUAAUUACUUGGGUUCCAGCAACUUAGUUUUGCCUCUGGUGGUUAUGGGUGCGGUUUCAGUAGUUGGUGGACUCACAGCUCUUAGACUCCCUGAAACUCUACAUUGUUCGUUACCCCAAACAGCGGAAGAGGGUGAAGAAUUUGGAAAGGAUUGGACAUACGCUGACUGCUUCAAAUGCGGUGGACAGAGAUCAAUGACAGAGACCGAAUCAUAUGAAAACCUGGACCAAUUGGAAUUAACGCAGCCGCCCUCGGUGGAAGAUAAACUUUCUGAUAUGCCUAAUAUUAGACGAAGUUCUAUGCGCAAACUUGUUCGUCAAGCCAGCAUUGUCGAAACUCAACGAGAUUUGGAUGGAAAUAUGAAAAUGACAUAUUGGUUU